UGCAAACGUUCGUCUGACAAGGUUUUUUCUGCUUGGAAAGAGACGUCCACUUCACAGGCCCUUGUGGUCGAAACGUUGACAAACGAGAAACAAUAUUAAGAGUUUAUCUGAGGAUGGUAUGAAAAGACGGAGCCCAUAUUGCAUCGGAGGAGAGCCAGCUGUGUCAGGAAGGACUAUAUUCCAUCAGUUCUGUUGUAGCAACAUAAAAUCAGAACUGACAGCGCCGCCUAGCCGGGAGGUCCAACCAGAAGUGACCUCCGACCUCAGGCUGUGACUCGUGUGGCUCAGCUGUGGUUUCCAGCACAAGGUCUAACCUGCAUGUCAACAACCUGCAGGGCCGUUUUGGACUAAAUGGUAACCGAUGCUGCUGCAGGGAAUUGCAGGCCUUCCUGUGAGCUGCGAUGGGCCUCAGUAAGGCUAUGGGCAAGAUAAUAAAUCUCUGCGGUGCUCCUUUUCAAUCACAACACCAGCACUAAGCAGAGAAGAAGGCCAUUGUCUAAAAUUAAUCCCGGUGGCGUUGCAGGGGCAGCCUCAAGCUGCGCCGCCAGAGCCAACACAGCCCAUGGAAGGGGGGUCUCAACAUUUCCAGCACUGCUUCAACUGGUAAUGCCCGCCAAGUGAACAGCGAUGCCUUCUAAGGUCUCGUGUUUAUACUUGCUGACAGUCGUAUGCUGGGCCAGCGCUCUGUGGUACCUGAGUGUGUCCCGCCCAUCCACUUCCUACGUAGGCCAGAUGACGAUGCCAUUACGCAAGGCACCCAAAGUCAACAAGAACUCCACAUUCGACAACAUCCGCACACGCCUGCUCAACCCACAUGAUUUUGGCUACCUCAUCAACGAGGCUAAGAAGUGUGAGGCAGAGCCCCCCUUCCUCGUCAUCCUCAUCAGCACCACUCACAAGGAAUUCGACGCCCGUCAAGCCAUCAGAGAAACAUGGGGGGACGAGACCACAUUCCCGGACGUCCGCGUGGUUACGCUGUUCCUGCUGGGCCGCAGCACAGAUGGGGUCCUCAACCAGAUGGUGGAGCAGGAGAGUCAGAUCUUUCAUGAUGUUGUAGUGGAGGAUUUUAUCGACUCGUACCACAACCUGACACUUAAAACUCUGAUGGGAAUGCGCUGGGUAGCUACCUUCUGCCCCAAGGCUCAGUACGUUCUCAAGACGGACAGCGAUAUCUUCGUCAACAUGGAGAACCUCAUCUACAACCUGCUGAAGCCCACCACCAAGCCCAGGAGGAGGUACUUCACCGGCUACGUCAUCAACGGCGGGCCAAUCAGAGACAUGCGCAGCAAGUGGUACAUGCCCAGGGAUCUGUACCCGGACAGCAAGUACCCGCCCUUCUGCUCCGGCACCGGCUACAUCUUCUCAGCGGACGUGGCUGAGCUCAUAUACACAAUCUCUUUGCACACCAGGCUGCUCCACCUGGAGGACGUGUACGUUGGCGUAUGCCUGCGGAAGCUAGGCAUACACCCCUUUCAGAACAGCGGCUUCAACCACUGGAAGAUGGCCUACAGCCUCUGCCGCUACCGCAGGGUGGUCACGGUGCACCAGAUCUCCCCGGAGGAGAUGCACCGCAUCUGGAAUGACAUGACCAGCAAAAAACAUCUUAAAUGUUAGCAAAACUCUUGGCACUUGUACCUGCUGGGGAGUUGGAGAGGAAUCAAGUCUCCAUGGCCAAAUAGUGAAGAGCACAAAGCUCAAGGACAGACCUUAGCAGUGUGAGGCCAAAGCAAACUGUUCAGUAUUAUCUUGUCCUCUGUAAAUUCAAGGUGUUUUGGCGCUAAUGCACUGAUGCUCACAAAUGAGGCACAAAAAUAGAAAUGUGUUUUCUAAAAAUGUGCAGAACCCUCAGGUGGUUGCUUGUCUGUACCAGCAGCACCUUGAUUUCUCCAUGAAAUUACAAGACAGAAAGCAUAGACGUCUGUGCUAAACCCCUCAUUUAUACAAGGCACAGACUGUCCCAAAAUACCAAACUGCAGAUUACAUAAAUGCCAACGCGCUUCUCUGAACCCUGCUGGGCUGAUCACAGGCUCUAAUUAAGAAUGUUCUUCAUGUAUUUCCCAUUGUUGUUCUCUCUGAGCAAGGUGUUCAUGUUGGAUACGCUGUCAGGCGCCGCAGCGGUUACUGUCAUUGUGAGGACUCUGUAGUGCUCUUCUCCAAAAUCUGACAUAUUUUCUAACAACAGAUCACAGCUCUUUCUACUGUGCAAGAAACAAGGAAGCUCAUCUCAAUGAACCUGAUCAGGAUGACGAGAACACAGCUGCUUGCGCUCCCAAGUGAAUGUUAACUUCUGUUAAUGUGCAAUGUGCGGUCUUUGUCCCAGGCAGUUCUGUGAGAAAGCUGCAGACAGUUAUAUUUUCUAUUACUUGAAGAUGAAGGAGAGCAGAUUCACUGUAAAAGCAGAUUACGAGGAUGCUGAGAACAAAUCUGACGUUUUUGAGCGCAAUCUUCUUUUCCAUUAC